AUGCCUGUUGUAUACAAAGCAGAUAGUGUCCAGUGUGCAAUGAAAGAUCCUUUUCCUGUUCCUCAUGAGUGGUACCAGCCAGGGGACUUCAUCAUUGGUGGAAUUUCUUCUCAACUCUUUUAUGUAUUCUAUGAAGUUUACUUCAGAGAACACCCUUCACGGGAUGUGUUCGAUGUUUCAUACAUGGUGACAAAAUUCUACCAGCACAUACUUGCCUUGGCAUUUGCUGUGAAGGAGAUCAAUGAGAACCCCACAAUCUUGCCCAAUAUCACUCUUGGGUUCCACAUCUAUGAUAGCUAUCAUGAAGCAAGGAUGACCUACCGUGCCACAUUAGACCUGCUCUUCAAAUCACAGAGAUUUGUCCCUAACUAUAAAUGUGACACCCAGAAAAACCUCAUUGCCAUUGUUGGGGGAUUUAGCUUUGAUACAUCCUUCCAUAUGAGAGACAACAUUGGCUUUUACAAGAUUCCACAGCUCCAUAUUUAUCUUCAUGGCAUUUCAUUUAACAAUUCAGCUGGAGAAACACUGUCUUUAACUUCUGAAGAGGAAAUAGGAGGUGGAUUUGACAUCAUGAACAUGGUCAUAUUCCCAAACAGUUCCUUCCUUCGAGUGAAAAUUGGUGAGGUGGAUGAUAAUGUUCCUGAAGGAAUGAGAUUCAUCAUUCAUGAGGACAUGAUAAUGUGGCAUAAUGGUUUUAACCAGGUGAUGCCCAUUUCCGUGUGCAAUGAGCACUGCCCCCCUGGUCAUCAGAAGAAAAGGAGGGAAGGUGAAAAAUUUUGCUGCUAUGAUUGUGCUCCAUGUCCAGAAGGCAAGAUUUCAGACCAGAAUGAUAUGGAUGACUGUUUCAGAUGCCCAGAAGAUCAAUAUCCAAACAGGAAGAGAAACCAAUGCAUCUCCAAAGCUCUGAGCUUUCUUUCCUAUGAAGAACAUUUUGGGAUCAGCUUAGCUUCCAUAGCUCUUUCUUUUUCCCUUCUCACAACUCUGGUGUUAGGCACUUUUGUGAAGCACAAAGAUACCCCCAUAGUCAAAGCCAACAACCGAGCCCUCACCUACACUCUCCUGGUCUCUCUUCUGCUCUGCUUCCUGUCUUCUUUGCUAUUUAUCGGCAAACCUGGGAAAGUGACCUGUCUUCUCAGACAACCUGCUUUCAGCAUGGUCUUCUCUGUGGCUGUUUCUUGCAUGCUGGCCAAAACGAUCACUGUAGUUGUAGCUUUCAUGGCCACCAAGCCAGGCUCUAGCAUGAGGAAGUGGGUAGGGAAAAGACUGGCUUACUCUGUUGUAGUUUCCUGUUCUUUUAUACAAUCUACUGUUUGUGCUUUUUGGUUGAUGACAUCUCCCCCAUUCCCUGAUGUAGAUAUGCACUCGGCAACCACAGAAAUCAUUCUGCAAUGUAAUGAGGGGUCUGUGACCCUGUUUUAUUGUGUCCUGGGCUACAUGGGUCUGCUGGGCAUUGCCAGUUUCAUUGUGGCAUUUCUGGCCCGCAGAUUACCUGACAGUUUUAAUGAAGCCAAGUUCAUUACCUUCAGCAUGUUGCUCUUUUGCAGUGUUUGGCUGUCUUUUCUUCCCACUUACCUGAGCACCAAAGGGAAAUACAUGGUAGUGGUGGAGAUCAUCUCCAUCUUGGCCUCCAGUGCUGGGUUAUUGGGCUGCAUCUUCGUUCCAAAAUGCUACAUCAUUGCCUUGAGGCCUGAGUUGAACAACAGAGAGCAACUAAUAAGACGGAAUAAUUAA